GACAACUACACCUUUGCACAGCCAGGGAUCCAGAAGAAAGUCAAGGCCCUGGAGGAGCUCGUCAGCCGGAUCGAUGAGCAGGUACAUAACCACUUUAGGAAGUACGAGGUCGAAUACCUGCAGUUUGCCUUCCGCUGGAUGAACAACCUGCUGAUGAGGGAGCUGCCUCUGCGCUGCACCAUCCGCCUCUGGGACACCUACCAGUCAGAGCCAGAAGGAUUCUCCCACUUCCACCUGUACGUCUGCGCCGCCUUCCUCAUCAAGUGGCGGAAGGAGAUCCUGGAUGAGGAAGAUUUCCAGGGCCUUCUGAUGUUGUUACAAAACCUGCCCACGAUACACUGGGGUAACGAGGAGAUUGGACUCCUGCUUGCUGAAGCCUACAGACUCAAGUACAUGUUUGCAGACGCUCCCAACCAUUACCGCCGACCCGCCGAUAG